AUGACGAGCAGCAGCCUGGAGCGCCGCGCGGCGUCGCGGCGCAAGAAGAGCAAGGAUGACACCUGGUGGCAGAUGCUGAUUGCUGGAGAUUUCAGCAUGAGCUGCAUUUUUGUGGCGCUGAUGAGCUUGACGGCUGAGGUGGCGGAGGCUCUGGCGGGGAUCACUGGCUUGGGUGAGUUCCCCCUCUCCAUUGCCAUCACGGUGGUCUCGCUCAUCAUCUUCGGCCCCAUAUGCGGCCUCUUCGGCGGCGCCAUGUUCAACCCCGUCCACAACGUCGCCUUCAUCGCCGCCGGCAAGGACAGCGUCAAGCUCAACACCGCGCGCAUGGUCGCACAGAUCGUCGGCGCCGCGCUGGGCGCGUUCCUGGCAGUCAGCAUGCUGCCGGAAUUCCUCAAGGACCACUUCCACAAGCUGCCUGGCGGCCUGGCCGCGGGCGUGUCCCUGCCUGUGGGCAUGGCGUGCGAGGCGGUGCUGGGCUGUGUGCUCAACCUCGUGGUGCUCUACUCCAUGGAGACCAGCAGCAAGGUGCUCUCGCAGGUCCUGCCCCUCCUGGCAACCGUCGCGCUGAUCCUUGCUGGCAGCGUGUUUUCGGGGCCCGGCCUCAACCCUGCCAUGACCUUUUCGUUUUUCGUGCACUACAGCGACAACCGCAGCGCCCUGGAGCACGCGCUGCUGUACUGGGCCGCCCCCUUUGCCGGCGCGCUCGCCGGCGGGCUACUGUGGCGCCUGCUGCACGGACCCGGCGUGGGCGCGGCGCCAGCCAAGAAGGCGGCCGCGAAGAAGCGUGCAGAGUGA